AUGGCGGGCAACACCACCGGAGGCACUCCGGCCCAUGCCCAGUCCUCCUUACCCUCGCUCCCCGCACAUCUCCAAUCUGAUACUCAUCUGACAGCACAUCUCGCUAGCCGCUUCCAUGUCGGCUUACCGACUGCGCAUCUCUCUUCCCAGGCAUUGAUCUCACUGAAUACGUACACCUCGGCAACAAAAGGCCCAGAUGGCGCAAAGGAAGGCAGUGCCGCUGGGGAAGCGGAGGAUCUGGCGCGCCGUGCUUUCACCCGACUGGGAGCGCGCGCGGAGAACCAGGCUGUGGUGUUUUUAGGAGAGAGUGGAUCCGGGAAAACUACCAUUCGCUCACACUUGCUAUCUUCCUUUCUGUCAUUUUCCUCAACUCCGCUCUCUUCUAAGCUAUCGUACGCCGCCUUUGUUUUCGAUACUCUUACCACCACCAAAUCCGUGACCACUCCGACAGCCUCCAAGGCCGGUCUUUUUCUUGAACUGCAGUACGAUGGCUCCUCUUCCGUCAACCCGACCCUUAUCGGUGGUAAGAUCAUCGACUACCGAUUGGAGCGGAGCCGCCUUUCCUCCGUGCCCACCGGUGAGCGAAGCUUCCAUGUGCUCUACUACCUUUUGGCUGGUACAAGCGCUGCCGAAAAGUCUCACCUGGGAUUCGACAAUUCCAUUCACAUUCAGACCAGGGGCGGCGGUUUGUCUUCGGGCUCGAUAAACCACAAGCGUUGGCGUUAUCUCGGUCACCCGACGCAGCUGAAAGUCGGAGUCAACGAUGCAGAGGGUUUCCAGCACUUCAAGACCGCUUUGCGUAAGCUCGAGUUCUCUCGGGGUGAGAUUGCCGAAAUCUGCCAGGUUCUGGCCAGUAUCCUUCAUAUUGGACAGCUGGACUUUACGUCCGGGCAGUCUACGACUACGGGUGCCGAGGAGAGUGGUGGUUACUCUCACGAGGGCGGCGAGAUGGUCACGGUUGUCAAGAACAAGCAGUCCCUCAACAUCAUUGCUGCAUUCCUGGGUCUCAGUGUGGAGGCCCUGGAAAACAGCCUUGGUUACAAGACCAAGACCAUCCAUCGUGAGCGCGUGACGGUCAUGCUAGACCCCAAAGGCGCAAGAGAAAACGCCGACGGCUUUGCUCGCACUAUUUACUCGCUCCUGGUUACCUGGGUCAUUGAGACUGUGAACCAGAAAAUCUGCGCCGCCGAGGAUAGCGUGGCAAACACCAUUUCCAUCGUCGACUUCCCUGGAUUCGCUCAGGCUCCUUCCACCGGGUCGACGCUGGACCAGCUGCUGAGCAAUGCGGCAACCGAAUCUCUCUACAACUACUGCCUGCAGUCCUUCUUUGAGCGCAAGGCCGAUAUUCUGGAUCGUGAGGAGAUCUCGGUGGCUGCGACCAGCUAUUUCGACAAUGUCGACACUGUCCGCGGACUUCUAAAACAUGGCAAUGGUCUAUUGAGCAUUCUGGAUGACCAGACGCGCCGUGGGCGAUCCGAUACCCAGUUCCUCGAAAGCGUUCACAAGAGGUUCGACGGCAAGAAUCCGGCUAUCUCGGUUGAUUCGUCUGGCGCGAGUAGCACUGGCUAUGUGUCGCAGGCUCGCUCGGCCUUCACCGUUAAGCAUUUUGCUGGCGAGGUGGACUACUCUGUCCAUGGCUUGAUCGAGGAGAACGGAGAGAUCGUUUCGGGAGAUUUGAUGAACUUGAUGAAAUCUGCCCAAAGCGACUUUGUUCGAGAUCUUUUCGGCCAAGAAGCAUUGCAGACUGUUUCUCACCCGCGGGAAAAGACUGCCAUUAUGCAGGCGCAAGUCUCUUCGAAGCCAAUGCGGAUGCCCAGUAUGGCCAGACGCAAGUAUGACCAGCAAGCUCGCCUUGGCGUUCCUGCUGUUUCUCGUACCGAUAGCGAGGAAGCGGAUGAUCACGACAGCCAGGCGGCCAGCUCCAGGCGCGGCGCUGGCAAUAGAAAGAGUGGUAUGAUGGGCCAUACGCAGGGAGCAUCUGGCCAGUUCCUUUCUGGGCUCGAGAUCAUCAAUAAGUGCCUGAGCGCGCCGAACCUGAACCCGUACUUUGUCAUCUGCUUGAAACCCAAUGACCGCCGUAUUGCAAACCAGUUUGACAGCAAAUGUGUGCGUAUGCAGGUUCAAACUUUCGGCAUCGCCGAGAUCAGUCAACGUCUGAGAAACGCCGACUUCAGCGUCUUCCUCCCAUUCGCAGAGUUCCUGGGUUUGGCGGAAAUUGGGAACAUUGUGGUAGGAAGCGACAAAGAAAAGUCCGAGGUCGUUUUGGACGAAAGACGAUGGCCCGGCAACGAGGCCCGUGUGGGAAGCACCGGCGUCUUCUUGAGCGAGCGGUGCUGGGCAGAUCUCGCCAAGGUUGGUGAGCGGGUGGUCCGCUCCUACGGAAUCACAGGCUCUGAUGAGGACGAACUCAACGCCAGUGGAAAUCCGGAUGCCAAGGUUCGUCUGCUCAACCCGGCUGAUCAAUCGCCUGGAGCCUUCAUCUAUGGGGACGAAACGAAACAAGGGUACUUUGGCAGCCGCGACCUGGAUGGACGCUCUGAUGCCGGUGCCUCUGCCUUCAACUCCGGCGAUAUGUUCCGAAACUUCGAGACGAGAGAACAGAUGCUGGAGAAGAAUAAUGAGAAGAAAAUGGAGGAGGUCGACGAGGUCCCAGUCUCAGGAUCUCGCAAACGCUGGAUGGCACUGGUCUAUCUCUUGACCUGGUACAUUCCAGACUUCUGCAUCAAGUUUUUCGGUCGCAUGAAACGCAAGGACGUCCGCGUUGCCUGGCGUGAGAAGCUCGCAAUCAACAUGAUCAUCUGGUUUGCUUGCGCAGUCGCCAUUUUCAUGAUCGUUGCCUUCCCUGGAUUGGUCUGCCCGACUCAGCAUGUGUAUUCGAAAGGAGAACUUAGCAUUCACAAUGGCAAGGAUGGCGAGAGCGAAUUUAUCGCCAUUCGUGGUGUUGUGUUCAAUCUGGGCGAUUUUAUCCCCACUCACUAUCCCGAUAUCGUCCCGCACAAGGCCCUUCAGAACUACGCUGGAACCGAUGCGACCAACCUUUUCCCUGUCCAGGUUUCAGCGUUAUGCCAGGGUGUGGAUGGACAUGUUGACCCCAGUGUGCCUUUGGAUUAUCGAUCUAACCUGAAUGACACCACUCAGACUACAAGUUCGACGAGUUUUGAUAUCAACGCCAAAUACCAUGACUUUCGUUACUGGACCAACGACUCCCGUCCGGAUUGGUUCUACGAGCAAAUGGUUAUGCUGCGUGCCAAUUACAAGAAGGGCUACGUCGGCUACACUCCCAAGUACAUCCAGACGCUGGCAACUGACGGCGACAACAUCGUGAGCAUUAAUGGGAAGGUCUACGAUAUGACUUAUUACAUUGCGGGCCCCCGUGUCCCACGUGAACCAGCGGGCAAAAACGUCUCCACCAGCGGUAUCAAUACGAACUACAUGAACCCUCUCCUCGUUCAGCUCUUCCAGCAAAAGUCUGGCUCCGACGUCACUGAUCUCUACAACAAUCUUGAUUUUGAUUCGGGCAUGCGCGAGCGCAUGCAGCUGUGUCUUGACAAUCUGUUCUUUGUCGGUCAUGUUGACACGAGAAAUUCGCCUCGCUGCGAGUUUGCCCGGUACUUCAUCCUUGCAAUCUCGAUCGUGCUGUGCACUAUCAUCACCUUCAAGUUCCUUGCUGCCUUGCAAUUUGGAAAGAAAAACCUGCCUGAGAACUUAGAUAAGUUCAUCAUCUGUCAGGUGCCUGCAUACACCGAGGAUGAAGACUCUCUGCGUCGUGCUAUCGAUUCCAUGGCGCGCAUGCGUUACGAUGACAAGCGCAAACUCCUGUUGGUUAUCUGUGACGGUAUGAUUAUCGGCCAGGGUAACGACCGACCCACUCCUCGCAUUGUCCUCGACAUUCUGGGUGUGCCCGAGGCCGUCGACCCUGAGCCUCUCAGCUUCGAGAGUUUGGGUGAAGGUAUGAAGCAGCACAACAUGGCCAAAGUCUACUCGGGUCUCUACGAAGUCCAGGGUCAUAUUGUUCCCUACCUGGUUGUCGUCAAGGUUGGAAAGCCUUCGGAGGUAUCUCGCCCGGGUAACCGUGGCAAGCGUGAUUCCCAGAUGGUGCUCAUGCGUUUCCUCAACCGUGUCCACUACAACCUUCCCAUGAGCCCGAUGGAGCUUGAGAUGCAUCAUCAAAUUCGGAACAUUAUCGGCGUCAAUCCCACAUUCUACGAGUACAUUCUGCAAGUCGACGCCGAUACGGUGGUUGCGCCAGAUGCCGGCACACGAUUCGUUUCCUCGUUCCUCUCUGAUACUCGUCUCAUCGGUGUUUGCGGAGAGACGGCCUUGUCCAACGCCAAAACGUCCAUGAUCACAAUGAUUCAAGUAUACGAGUACUACAUUUCUCACAACCUUACCAAGGCAUUCGAGAGUCUUUUCGGUUCCGUUACUUGUUUGCCCGGUUGUUUCAGUAUGUACCGCGUCCGUUCAGCGGAGACCGGCAAACCACUUUUCGUCAGCAAGGAAAUCAUUGAUGCUUAUUCGGAAAUUCGCGUGGAUACCCUGCAUAUGAAGAACCUGCUACAUCUGGGUGAGGAUCGAUACCUGACAACACUCCUUCUGAAACAUCACCCCAAGUUCAAGACCAAGUACAUCUUCCGGUCCCAUGCUUGGACUGUGGCACCUGAGAGUUUCGCCGUCUUCCUGUCUCAGCGUCGUCGAUGGAUUAACUCCACCGUCCAUAACCUGAUGGAACUGAUUCCGUUGCAACAGCUGUGCGGGUUCUGCUGCUUCAGUAUGCGUUUCGUUGUCUUCGUCGACCUGCUCAGUACCGUCAUCCAGCCUGUCACCGUGGCCUACAUCAUCUACCUGAUUUACUGGAUUAUCACGGACACGAAUAACAUUCCAUGGAUCUCAUUCGUUCUUCUGGGUGUCAUCUACGGUCUCCAGGCAUUGAUCUUCAUCCUCCGACGCAAGUGGGAAAUGAUUGGCUGGAUGCUCAUCUACAUCCUAGCCAUCCCAGUCUUCUCGCUCGCCCUGCCACUCUACUCCUUCUGGAACAUGGACGACUUCUCUUGGGGUAACACGCGUAUCAUCACCGGAGAAAAGGGCCGCAAGGUCCUCAUCUCCGACGAAGGCAAAUUCGAUCCGGCCUCCAUCCCCAAAAAGCGCUGGGAAGAGUACCAAAACGAGCUAUGGGGUGCGGAGACUUCGCGCGACGACCGCUCCGAGGUCUCGGGCUACUCCUAUGGCACCAACAUGGGUCCCUUCCACCAGCAGCAAUAUCAAUACCCCUCCCCGGGUUCUCGCCCUGUCUCACAGCUGGAUCUCCCGCUGCUUAACUCGGGUUCGCGCAUUUCCGUCGCGCCCUCUGAGAUGAUGAGCCGCCAUAUGGACAUGGACAUGGGUAUGGAGGACUUGAGCCACCUGCCCUCGGACGACUCCAUCCUGAGCGAGAUCCGCGAGAUCCUCCGCACGGCCGACCUGAUGACCGUGACGAAGAAGAGCAUCAAGCAAGAGCUCGAGAGACGCUUCGGCGUGAACUUGGACCUCAAGAGGCCAUAUAUCAACUCCGCUACCGAGGCUGUUCUUUCGGGGGUUCUUUAA